AACAUUUACUGUGAAAUCAGAAAAUUUAUUACAUGAUAUAAUGAAAAAAUCAUCAUCCGCAUCAAAAAAUGAAAUGAUCGAUAUAAAACAGGUUGAAAAUUUGGAUGAUGUUUUCCUAAUCGGAUCGCAAGAAGAAAUUUAUCGUUUAAAAAUACAUAAAUAUAAAGAAAUUAAACAUUAUAUUAAAGGUGAAGUAUUAGGUCGAGGAAAAUUUGGUGUUGUACGUGAAUUUAUUGAUAAAAAAACGCUGAAACGUUAUGCAGGAAAAAUUAUUCGUACAAAUAUAUUGAAAAGAAAUUCACAUUUACGUCAUCAGAUUAAUAAAGAAUUAGCCAUUACAUAUCAUUUUAAUCAUCCAAAUGUAUUACGUGUUUAUGAUCUAUAUGCAACAAGUAAAAAAAUCUAUAUGUUUAUGGAAUUUUGUUAUGGUGAAUUGGCUGAAUUUCUUAAAGUUUAUAAAUGUUUACCAAAAUCACAAUGUAAAGACUAUUUUGUACAACUAAUCGAAGGUCUUAGCUAUUUACAUUCACAUGGUAUUAUACAUCGUGAUAUAAAACCGGAAAAUAUUCUUGUUACACCAUAUGAUAUAAUCAAAUUAGCUGAUUUUGGUGUUUGUCAAGAAAUAUCAAUAUUUAAAUUAGAUGAUAUGGUAUUUGGUAGUGAUGGUACACCAUUAUAUCAUCCACCUGAAUUAUUUCAUCCAAAAAUUAUUCAUUAUUCAGGUACAAAAAUUGAUAUUUGGGCUGCUGGUGUUAUAUUAUAUCAAAUGUUAACUGGUGAAUUGCCAUUUUUUAAUCGAACAAAUACAACCGAACGUGAUAUUGAUGAAAUAUUAACCGAAAAUGUUCAAUAUCCAUUAUCGCUUAAACAAGAUGUAUUAUUAAUCGAUUUAUUUAAUGGAAUAUUUGAAAAAGAUUUUCGACAUCGUAUGUCGAUAAUGGCCAUUAAAAAUCAUCCAUGGAUGCAAAUCGAUUAUAAUCGUCAACGUGAUGAACCAUUUGUUAAACUACCAACAGAUAAUUUAACAAUUGAUUGUUAUCGUGGUUUAACAGUAUUAACUAGAAUUUAUAAUAAAUAUUAUCCACCACCAUCUGAAGAAAAAUUAGUAAAUUUUCGUCAAUUUCAAGAUUCAUUAAAAAUAUUACCAUUAAUGCGUUCAUCACGUUAUAUACAAGAUCCAAGAAAAAUUAAUUUGAUGGCAGCAAAUGUUUAA